UUGAAGAUGUAAUUAAUGUUUAUCAAGUUUUACUUGAUGCUGAUCCAAAUAUUCAUCGACGAUUAAUUGGAAUGGGUGAUUCAACAGGUGGAAUGCUUUGGAUUUAUCUUUUACAAUGGAUUAUAUCUAAUAAUAAACCUAUUCCACAAGGUGUUGUUUUACAUUCUCCAUGGCCAAAUCUUGAAUAUUUGGAUAGAAUUGCUAGAUUCCAUACGGAUGGUUAUUUAUCAUUAAAACUUGCAUAUAGUUUAAGACAAUUAGUAAUUGGUAAAGAUACAUAUUGGUUUGAAGUGACUGAUGAAGAACUAAGUAAAAUAAGUCCAAAAAAUAAUUCAUUUGAAGGAUUUCCACCAGUUUAUAUAACAGCUGGUACAAAUGAAUUAGCAAUUGAUGCAAUUCGUGAUAUGACUGAGAUAAUGAGAUUAUCAGGUGUAAAAGUAAUAUUAGAUGAAGGUGAAGGAUUAAUGCAUACAUAUGCUUUAUUUCAUCUUUGGUCACCACAAGGUAAAUAUACUCAAGAAAAAAUUCGUCAAUGGACUCGAGAACAAUUGUUAGUUGGACUACAAUCAACAUCGAAAACGAAUAGCAUCAUAACAGGUGAAAUAUGUAUUUAA